UAUUUCUUCCCUUUCGCUCUUUCUUUCCCGUAUCUCCCCUACCCUUUCGCAUAAUCCUUCAUCUUUCCCCUUUCCCGUAUCUCCCUCUCGCUAUAUCUUUCCCUCAUCUACUCUUCCCCUUUCGCAUUAUCUUCAUCUUUCCCCGCAUAAUCCUUCAUCCCAAUUAGUUGCAGCAAAAGAAAAUUUCUUAAUUGUGGAUCCGCAAAUGCUUCAUCUUUCCCCUUUCCCCUUUCCCCUUUCCCGUAUCUCCCUCUCGCUCUAUCUUUCCCUCUCGCCCUCUCGCUCUAUCUUCCCCGUCACUCUAUCUCCCCUUUCCAUAAUCCUCAUCUACUCUUCCCGUAGUCCUCAUCUCCUCUAUCUCUCAUUUUCGCCUUGAUCCCCAAAUCUUGAACCCAGUACCGCAGCCACACGAAUCUCGAAGCCGACGUGAAUCAAGUCUCAAAUUCAAGACGGUUCCUGCUUGUCAAAAUCUCCAAGGCUUGACGGUUCCUGCAGACGGUUCCGGCUUGACGUUCUUUGCUGCUCCGUAUAAAUUAGCUUGAGGGUGAGCCUAUCACUGUCCCUCACCUAAUUGUAAACAGCAGUUUCUCAGCAGCCUCACCUACUUGUGGGGUUUCCUUCUUUGAAUGGUUUUAAUAUGGUCUUUGAGAAGUCUCUGCUAUGCACUUUAACCCUUGAUGAGUACCUAGAUUUGUACCUCAUCCGCGUAGAUGGCUUAAGAAGAAGAAUAUCAUGCGCUGUUGAAAGAGAGCAUGGCUUGGAGUAUUCAUUAAUCAGGGAAACCUUUCAGAUGUCGCGGUUGAUCACUCGUCGUAGGAGUGUGACCAAUGCGCCUCCCGCAUUAUCACCAUCUACUGCUCCGGCCGUGAGUGCUCCAUUGAUUGGGGAGCCUACACCUUUCAUUGAGGCUACUGCUACGACAUCCCAGGUGCCAUUAUCAUCGACGUCAUCAGUGUCCGUUCAGUUUCUCAAUGCACGGCGGCCUCACCGGCGCCGCCGUGAUUCAGAGUCUUCUAUUCACAGUUCCUCGUCAUCCAGAGUCGAGGAUGGGGGCUCCCUCCAGGUUUUGGGAAAUGAUAUAUUGUUAGGGGAGGUUUUUGCAGAAUUUUUUGUAGAAAUUUAA